CUCAUACAUACACAACAAGCUACUCUCCUCCCCCAUUCCUUCUCCACUUAUCCUCCCCUCUACUUGCCAUGGAUCUCCACUUCUUCUUCUUGCCCUUCCUCGCCCCCGGCCAUAUGAUCCCCAUGGUCGACUUAGCCGGCGUCUUCGCCGGCCGCGGCGUCAGAUCCACCAUCGUCACCACCACCGCCAACGUUCCCCUCGUCCAGCCCACCGUCGACCUGGCCAACGCCGAUGACUCCCUCCGUCAUCCCAUCCAGAUCCUCGUCCUCUCCUUCCCGUCCUUCGAGUCCGGCAUACCCCUAGGCCACGAGAACCUCCUCGCGUUCAACGACCCCGAAGUCACCCCCGAAUUCAUGACCGCCAUCAACAUGCUCGAAGAUCCCUUCAAGCAACUCCUCCAAGCUCACCGUCCUGACGGCAUCGUCGCAGAUAUUUUCUACGCUUGGGCUUCGGAUGCCGCCAAAGAGUUCGGCAUCCCGAGGCUCUCCUUCCACGGCUCCAACACCUUCUGCACCGUCGUGUCUGGUGCUUUGGGACGCCUCAAGUUGCAUGAGAGUGAGCAGGCCUUUGAUGUGCCCGGGUUACCACAUCGGUUUCAGAUGACAUGGUCGCAGCUCCCAGAAUUCAUCACGAAACCGGAUGACUCAAUGGAGCGGUUGGGCGAUGGCUAUCGCAAGAGUUAUGGCAUGCUGGUCAACAGCUUUUACGAGUUAGAGUCAGACUACAUUGAUUUGGUCAAGAAGGGGAGCGAGACGAAGUUAUGGCACGUCGGACCAUUAUCCCUCCACAAUCAACUCGCAAAGGAGAAGGCGGCGAGAGGUAACACGGCUUCGAUUAGCUCCGAUGAAUGCUUGACAUGGUUAGACAGCAAGAAGCCGAGGUCGGUGCUCUAUGUUUGCUUCGGGAGUUUAGGCCAAUGCACGACUACGCAGCUGCACGAGAUCGCACUGGGCCUUGAAGCUUCUGAUCACCCGUUCAUUUGGGUAGUGAGCAACGCCGGCGAGCCAUCGGAGUGGCUGCCAGAACGGUUCAAUGAGAGGGUGAUCGGCGAAGGGAAAGGUCUACUAAUAAAGGGAUGGGCGCCGCAACUGCUGAUUCUGAACCAUGAGGCAGUCGGAGGGUCCGUGACGCACUGCGGAUGGAACUCGUGCUUGGAAGGGAUAAGCGCAGGCGUGCCGAUGGUGACCUGGCCGCUGUUUGCGGAGCAAUUCUUCAACGAGAAGCUGGUGGUGGACGUGCUGCGGGUCGGGAUUGCGGUGGGAGCAACAGUGUGCAGCCACCGCAAGGAAAAGAGGGCGCUCGUGAAGGCAGAAGCAAUAAAGAAGGCGGUGGACGAGCUGAUGGGCAGCGGCGAGGAGGCAGAGAGCAGGAGGAAGACGGCAGAGAAGCUCAAGGAGUUGGCGAUCAAGGCGGUCGCAGAGGGUGGUUCCUCUCACAUGGACCUCAGCUGCCUUCUGGCUGAUAUGGUCAACCUGAAAGCUGGUCGUGGGAUUUAGUGGAAGUGUUUUCGUUUGUAUUUGCUCUUUGGGUCAUUGCUGGAUAUUGUUAUUAUUAACGAAAUCUCCUUUGUAUGGACUCAUUUGGAUGAAGUUUGCAUUUCAAAUAUAGGUUUAUAAAAUCACAUUCAUUAGUGACUA